AUGUCUCAACCAAGAACAAUCCUGAUAACCGGUUGCUCAGAUGGCGGCCUUGGCUCUGCGUUGGCACUGGCUCUGAAGCCGCUCGGAUGGCGAGUCCUCGGAUCAGGUCGAGACCUUUCAAAGUUAAAGUUCCUCCAAGACGCCGGCAUUGAAUGCAUACAAAUGGACGUCAACUCCACUGAGUCCAUCUCAAAGGCCACAGACGAGGUCAGGAAACUCACAGGAGGCUCACUGGAUGCCCUGGUCAACAAUGCCGGUACAGGAUACAGCAUGCCUAUUCUUGAUGUCGAUUUGGACAAAAUCCAUGAGGUUUUUGAACUGAAUGUCUUUUCAAUCAUUCGAGUGACUCGUAUCUUCUUGCCGCUUUUGAUUUCAUCUUCACAUGGCGGUAUGCUCAUCAACAAUACGUCUGCCUCAGGGCUACUUGGCGUCGGCACCCCAUUUCAAGGUGCUUAUGCAGCAUCAAAGGCAGCAGCAACCAGCUUGACGGAAAGUUUGAGACUUGAGCUUGAACCUUUCGGUAUUCGAGUCAUCAACUUGUUGACUGGUGCUGUCAAAUCAACAUUCUUUGUCAACGCGCUUGGUGCCGAACUCCCGAAAGACUCCAUUUACAGCAUUGCCAAAGAAGAAAUUGAAUCAACGAUGGCUGGAAAUAUGCCAGGGAUUGUCAAGCCAGAUGCCACAACGUGGGCAAAACAAGUUGCCUCUGAUCUCAGUCAACCAAAAGUACCACAUUUAGUCUCCAGAGGCGGCUCAGCAGGGACGGCGCGAUAUGCUACUCUCUUCCCAACUGGUACUUUUGAUGGCCUGAUCAAGAAAUCAGGAGGUGUUGAUGUUCUUGAGCGCAAAUUGGAAGAGCAGAAAGCGGGUUCUAAGAUCAAGUAA